UGUUUUUUUUUUUUAACCUGUAUUGUGAGAAUGUUAGACUUGGAGGCACCUAAGAUCUUGCUCUAAGUUUCUACACCUGAAAAUCUUUGAAAGAGAUAAAAAUUCCAUAUACUCCACUUCCUGUAACUCUGGCAGUUUCCAAAUACUUUUAGUCAUGUGGAAAUGCUAUCAUAUCCAAGAGCGCCUUUAAAGCUAAGCUAAGGGUAGGCCGUUGAUCUUUAGCACACUGCUUUUUCUGUUGUUUUAUUCAGGGGGCUUUCUCAAGAUUUAUGUUCCCGUUUUUUACAUUUCACAACUUUCUUUGGAGCACAGGUAUUUCAGGAAGAUUUUAGAGCUUUUGAAUAGCAUUAUGGACUUUUUUUGCAUUAAUUUUUACUUUUACAAAAUUGCAUCAAAUAUUAUUUAUGUUAAUGACUGAGUUUUAUGGGGCCCUUAAUUGGAACUCUAGGUGAUUGCCUCAUUUGCUUCGCUCUGGUUCUGGCCCUGAGAGGGGAACACAGAAGGGAUGGCUGGAAAAACGAGAACAAACGAGCCUCCCGGAAUUUUGUCAAGCAACAGGCCAAUUAAUUAAGGAAAGUAGAUGUUACAUAGCUAGGUACAAUGAACGUGCAGUAAGUGGAUUGUCUCAGUAAUUUAGAGAGAAACCCCCCAAUAGAAGCGUAGGUAGGUGGGGACAAAAGAGAGACAACAAAGUACUACAAGUAGAGCACUUCCUUUUUCAGAUUUUGCCUCACGGAAUUGAGAGUUUGUUCUUAUACACAAGUCUAAUGCCCCCUUCCUCUUCUGCAAUGGACCAGGUGGUGUAUGCUGAUUUAAACUUACCCAGGGACUCAGGCCCAGAAAGUUCUUCACCUUCAUCUCUUCCUCGGGAUGUCUGUCAGGGUUCACCUUGGCACCAAUUUGCCCUGAAACUUAGCUGUGCUGGGAUUAUUCUUCUUGCCUUGGUUGUUACUGGGUUGAGUGUUUCAGUGACAUCGUUAAUACGGAAAUCAUCAAUAGAAAAAUGCAGUGUGGACAUUCAACAGAACAUGAGUAAAACAACAGAGAGACUGAGUCUCUUAAACUGCCCAAUAUCUUGGAAGAAAGUCGGAGAGAAAUGUUUGUUACUUUCUGACACUGUCAACCCUUGGAAUAACAGUCUAGCUGACUGUUCCACAAAAGAAUCCCGUUUGCUGCUUAUUCAAGAUAAGGAAGAAUUGAGACUCACACAGAAGCUGAUACAUGACAAAGCCAUUCCAUUUUGGAUUGGAUUAAACUUUUCGUUACCAGAGAAGAAAUGGAAGUGGAUAAAUGACUCUUUUUUAAAUUCUGAUGAGACUAUUGUGGGGGCUACAGGAGACCAUGUUGGAGAGCUGGGCAGAUGUCUCAUCAAGGAAGGCCUGCAAAACCAGAGGGCCUUUCGGAAAAGGAAUUGUUGACUUGGCUAGAUUGGCAUUUAAAAAAUUACCCUGACACUUGAAGAAAGAAUUAAAAGGGUGGAAGAGAUAAAAUGUAAGGAACUUCUGCAGUAGCCCAGUUGAAAGAAAUUCUUGGUUUGACUAGAAGGUUGGGCGGUAGGAAGAAUCAGAUAAGCAGCCCCAAGACACUGCAUGAAGUCAUUGAACAAAGGACUAAAAACAGCUGUGACGGAGCGCUGCACGCUGCCACCACCUCAUCCGCUUGGGACAAAUGGGAGAGUCUUGAAUUCAUGCCAUCUUUGCAAUGUAGUCCUAAUACAGCCUGUCCAUUGUUUGAAUUAUAUUGCCACCUACCACCUGCAGUGAGCCGCGGGACUCAUGCCUGUUUGAAACUAAUAUUAUGCUGCAGCAGACACCCAUUGACCUCUGUUUGGAAUGAGAAUGAAAGGAACCUCUGACUACAUGACUAUGAACUGAGCCACUUUUUCUCACUGCUUCCAAAUUCUAUAGACCCUGAAUAUCCAUCAUGCCUUUAGAUAUUUAUCAUAUUUACAGAGCACAUACUUUGGAAGCAUUGCCACGUUUUCAUAUUUCGUCUCCAUGCCUCUCCUAAAUAUUAGGUGGUUAUAGUAUAAAUAUUUAAAAAAAACUGUGGCUCAGUGAAGUUAAGAGAUUUUUUUUAAUGUGACCUGUUAGUAGUACACUAAGAAGACUGAAUUCCCAGCUUCCAAACUUUCUUUCUUUUUUGAUGUAAUUGUGCAGGUUCUUGUUAAAGGAUUCUUUUCCAAUGAAGAUAAACUUGAAUGUUUCAGAGAUUUACAUUAGCUCUAUCUUACAAGUUCACGCCAUUAUAUUUGUGACUGUGUACUUUCUCUGCUUAAUAAUUUAUCAUUCCACUGCUUCCUGAGAGUCCUAGGAAACAAUGACUAUGUGAAUAGCUAUGAGAAAAUCCUAAACACUAAGGCAGACUUUUCUUUUGCUCCACAGAUUAAAAAUUACAGGUGACACUAAAGAAAACAGCUGUGUUUACAUUUCACAGACAUCUGUGUUUUCUGAGGACUGUAGUACAGAAAACAAAUGGAUCUGCCAGAAAGAACUAACACCUGUGAGAAAUGAAGUGUAUC